AUGGAGAGUGCGGUUCCCUCAGACCGCGGCAAUUACACCUGUGUGGUUCAAAACAAGUACGGCACCAUCACGCACACCUACCAGCUCGACGUACUCGAGCGGUCCCCCCACAGGCCCAUCCUCCAGGCGGGGCUCCCGGCCAACCAGACGGUGGUGGUGGGCAGUGAUGUGGAGUUCCACUGUAAGGUUUACAGCGACGCACAGCCGCACAUACAGUGGCUCAAGCACAUCGAGGUCAAAGGCAGUCGCUACGCUCCCGACGGGGCGCCAUACGUCAACAUACUCAAAGACAUCUAUGUGGUACCAAGGGUCAUCUAUGUGGUACCAAGGGUCAUCUAUGUGGUACCAAGGGUCAUCUAUGUGGUACCAAGGGUCAUCUAUGUGGUACCAAGGGACAUCUAUGUGGUACCAAGGGACAUCUAUGUGGUACCAAAGGUCAUCUAUGUGGUACCAAGGGUCAUCUAUGUGGUACCAAGGGUCAUCUAUGUGGUACCAAGGGUCAUCUAUGUGGUACCAAGGGACAUACAUGUGGUACCAAGGGUCAUCUAUGUGGUACCAAGGGUCAUCUAUGUGGUACCAAGGGACAUCUAUGUGGUACCAAGGGACAUCUAUGUGGUACCAAAGGUCAUCUAUGUGGUACCAAGGGUCAUCUAUGUGGUACCAAGGGUCAUCUAUGUGGUACCAAGGGUCAUCUAUGUGGUACCAAGGGUCAUCUAUGUGGUACCAAGGGUCAUCUAUGUGCAAAAGGACAGCGUCAGCAGAGAGGGAGAGAGUGACGGGCGCUGGGUGCAGAGGCAGAGGAGGAGGCCCUGGGUGCAGAGGCAGAGGAGGAGGGUGCUGGGUGCAGAGGCAGAGGAGGAGGGUGCUGGGUGCAGAGACAGAGGAGGAGGCCCUGGGUGCAGAGGCAGAGGAGGAGGGUGCUGGGUGCAGAGACAGAGGAGGAGGCCCUGGGUGCAGAGGCAGAGGAGGAGGGUGCUGGGUGCAGAGGCAGAGGAGGAGGGUGCUGGGUGCAGAGACAGAGGAGGAGGCCCUGGGUGCAGAGGCAGAGGAGGAGGGUGCUGGGUGCAGAGGCAGAGGAGGAGGGUGCUGGGUGCAGAGACAGAGGAGGAGGCCCUGGGUGCAGAGGCAGAGGAGGAGGCCCUGGGUGCAGAGGAGGAGGGUGCUGGGUGCAGAGGCAGAGGAGGAGGGGGGUGCUGGGUGCAGGGACAGAGGAGGAGGGUGCUGGGUGCAGAGGCAGAGGAGGAGGGUGCUGGGUGCAGAGGCAGAGGAGGAGGGUGCUGGGUGCAGAGACAGAGGAGGAGGGUGCUGGGUGCAGGGACAGAGGAGGAGGGUGCUGGGUGCAGAGACAGAGGAGGAGGGUGCGGGGUGCAGAGACAGAGGAGGAGGCCCUGGGUGCAGAGACAGAGGAGGAGGGUGCUGGGUGCAGAGACAGAGGAGGCCCUGGGUGCAGAGACAGAGGAGGAGGGUGCUGGGUGCAGAGACAGAGGAGGCCCUGGGUGCAGAGACAGAGGAGGAGGGUGCUGGGUGCAGAGACAGAGGAGGAGGGUGCUGGGUGCAGAGACAGAGGAGGAGGGUGCAGAGACAGAGGAGGAGGGUGCUGGGUGCAGAGACAGAGGAGGAGGGUGCAGAGACAGAGGAGGAGGGUGCAGAGACAGAGGAAGAGGGCCAGACUGCGUGGAUAGUUUUGUGAGCAAACGCACUGAGAUCCACGAUAAGUUCAAAAUCUUCAAUGUCUCAGAAAAAGACGCUGGAAAAUACUGGUGCCGAGCCUCCAACUUUGUAGGAAAAUCAGAACGGCCUUUCUGGCUUAAGAUUCACAAACCAGCUGUGGUGCUUCCAGAUGUGUGGGUUCCUCUGCAGCUGUGGUGUUUCCAGAUGUGUGGGUUCCUCUGCAGCUGUGGUGUUUCCAGAUGUGUGGGUUCCUCUGCAGCUGUGGUGCUUCCAGAUGUGUGGGUUCCUCUGCAGCUGUGGUGCUUCCAGAUGUGUGGGUUCCUCUGCAGCUGUGGUGCUUCCAGAUGUGUGGGUUCCUCUGCAGCUGUGGUGUUUCCAGAUGUGUGGGUUCCUCUGCAGCUGUGGUGCUUCCAGAUGUGUGGGUUCCUCUGCAGCUGUGGUGCUUGCAGAUGUGUGGGUUCCUCUGCAGCUGUGGUGCUUCCAGAUGUGUGGGUUCCUCUGCAGCUGUGGUGCUUCCAGAUGUGUGGGUUCCUCUGCAGCUGUGGUGCUUCCAGAUGUGUGGGUUCCUCUGCAGCUGUGGUGCUUCCAGAUGUGUGGGUUCCUCUGCAGCUGUGGUGCUUCCAGAUGUGUGGGUUCCUCUGCAGCUGUGGUGUUUCCAGAUGUGUGGGUUCCUCUGCAGCUGUGGUGCUUCCAGAUGUGUGGGUUCCUCUGCAGCUGUGGUGCUUCCAGAUGUGUGGGUUCCUCUGCAGCUGUGGUGCUUCCAGAUGUGUGGGUUCCUCUGCAGCUGUGGUGCUUCCAGAUGUGUGGGUUCCUCUGCAGCUGUGGUGUUUCCAGAUGUGUGGGUUCCUCUGCAGCUGUGGUGCUUCCAGAUGUGUGGGUUCCUCUGCAGCUGUGGUGCUUCCAGAUGUGUGGGUUCCUCUGCAGCUGUGGUGUUUCCAGAUGUGUGGGUUCCUCUGCAGCUGUGGUGCUUCCAGAUGUGUGGGUUCCUCUGCAGCUGUGGUGCUUGCAGAUGUGUGGGUUCCUCUGCAGCUGUGGUGUUUCCAGAUGUGUGGGUUCCUCUGCAGCUGUGGUGCUUCCAGAUGUGUGGGUUCCUCUGCAGCUGUGGUGCUUCCAGAUGUGUGGGUUCCUCUGCAGCUGUGGUGCUUCCAGAUGUGUGGGUUCCUCUGCAGCUGUGGUGCUUCCAGAUGUGUGGGUUCCUCUGCAGCUGUGGUGCUUCCAGAUACUGCGGGCAUUAACACUACAGAUAAGGAGUUAGAGGUGCUCUUCUUGAACAAUGUCACUUUUGAGGAUGCGGGAGAGUACACUUGUCUGGCGGGGAACUCUAUCGGCUUUGCUCACCAUUCUGCUUGGCUCACGGUGUUGCCAGCAGUGACUGAGGAGAAGGACGACUACACAGACAUCCUCAUCUACGUGACGGGCUGCGUGCUCGUCAUCCUCACCAUCAUCAUCAUCGUCUUGUGUCGCAUGAGGAUGACCACGCAGAAGACUCUGGCCACGCCCACUGUGCAAAAGCUUUCCAAGUUCCCCCUCAAGAGACAGGUAACAGAAAGUAGAUACGAGAUUAGCAAAAACUACUUCUUCUCUCCCUGA